AUGCUUCUAAAAUCUGGAGCCGAAAUCAACGCUGGGAAUAGUGAAUUCGGUACUGCGCUCAGCAUUGCUUCUUUCAGAGGUAAUAUGGCAGCAGUACAGAUGCUACUCGAUCAUGACGCCAACGUCAAUGCCUCCAGCGGAAGACUAGGCAGUGCAGUCCAGGCCGCUUCUCUUGGGGGCCAUAUUGACCUUGUCAGAUACUUGCUUGAUAAAAAAGCUAAUGUCAAUGCUUCUGGUGGGAGGUUUGGUAAUGCCCUUCAGGCCGCAUCAUUUGGCACUCGUGAACAUAUGACACAAGCUUUGCAACGGCUAGCGAGGAAUAUGAUUUCAAAGGGUAUACCAAUUCUUGAUCAGAGCAGCAAUGCUCUAGAGGCUGCUGCCUUGGAUGCGUACAAAUGGGAUGAAAAGGCGCUCAAAGAAGUCAGCGAGGCUGUGCUACCACUUUUAUCAAGGCGCUCUUCUGCUGUGGACUCAGGGAUUCGCGAUCCGCUUAUAGAUGCAUCAGCUACAGACCGUGGGGCAUUGGUGCAGCUGUUGCUAGAUAGAGCUGCCGAUCCUAAUGCUCCUAGUGGAGAAUAUGGCUCUGCACUUCAAGCCGCAUCGGCCUAA